CACACACUCUUCACCCUGAACACACUCUGUUCACUUGCAUCUGGACGAUCACCUGUGUUUGAGUACGCUCGAGUCUAUCGUUGAACUUAUUGUUGGAAAAUCUUCGUUGUCAUUUCGACAGUCUACUUUGUUCUGUAUUUGAUGUACAGCAACAAAACAUCUAUGGAGUUUAUUGAAGGAAGCAGAGGCAUCUACAGACCCAUCAGGGUCUUGUUUGACACACCUAUUUAUGAGCGGGCUCUGCAGAUCUGCUGGCACAUGCCCUCCUACAAGAUUCAUAUUGCACUGGUGGCUGAAUUUUUGAGGCUUCAGCAGGAAAAACAGCUCUCAUCUGCUGUGACUGCUGAAGACAUGACUGAGCUUCUGAUGCAGGAGAGCAAAAGCACACUGAGAGUGCAACUCUGGGAGUUUGAACUGGAGGACUUUGAUGACGAUGAGGUCAGACCUCUUCUCAAGCUGGUGUGGGAAGUGAACAACAACAUGAAGAUGAGGGACAUUGAGUUUGAAGCCAGAAGGCUGCUCAAGUUACCAGAGACCAUCCCUCCUCAGUUUCAGUGAGUUAUGUUUGACACACAUCUAUCAUCAGUUACAGUGCAGUGGUUGUGAUGUCUCUGUGCUG